GGGCGGAGCUAUCACACAGACUGAACAGUCGGAAACGAAUCUGGCCACAUCUCGAGUCGUUAUCCAAAGCAUUCACACAGAAUGCUUGCCCACAGACUUGCCGUCUUCGCCAUCCUCUUCUGUGGGACCUGUGGUUUCUCCAGUUACUGGUUUAACCUGAUGUACAACUGCAACCCUCCUGACAAGUUAGUGGGGAAGUUCUGUGCUGCUGUGGUGGACAACGACUACGACGAAGACGGCAGAGUUGACUUCAGAGACGUCCACAAACAAAUCUUAGAUUUCAGCUACGACGAUGACCUUUGCACCUUGAAAGAAUGGGAAGUCAUGAUCAGGUGGGUGUGUCGUUAUGGCUACUCGGAGCAGUAUGGCCGAUUCAUGUACAGUCUCUACGACGGCGACAAAAACGGCGUUGUGAAUGCGGACGACUUUAAUGGAUUCAAUUUUAGCACUAUAGACUUCCUAUCGAUUCAGUACAUUCGUUUCAAGGACAUGUACUGUGGCAACCCGAAAAACAGGGUGAGCCCCCUUGACAAAAUCCAUUGUGCCGAGGUGGACGAACUGAAGCCAGACGAUAUCAGGUGUACAUAAGGAUGACCCUUAUUCAUCCGUAAGGGGCCGAUCUAAAACUGAUAAAUUGUUGAAGGAUACGCAGAAAAAAUACUUAAUAUGCUUUAGACGGUUCAAAAAAGACACUGUCUGCCACCGUAAAUGCAUUUUACCACAUGCAACUUUUUACGUUUAAAUCUCUGAUUAAUAACAUACCUGGUUUUGCAGAUGUAGCUGAAAACAUGAUCUUGUCUCCGAACUUAAUCCCAGCAGAAUGAUAGCUGGUCGGUAGCUGAUGUAGAAACGUAAAUAAAGCAUUUGGUAAUA